ACCUCACCUCGACGGAACACCGACCAGCUCUUCCUCACCUCGUUCAGCCAACCUCCGCCGAGUCCGUUAACGACAAAGGGAAAGCAGCAGCAAAGCGGUUGUGCUGUUUUUCCUCAUAUCGUUCCUGUAACCAUGGCUGCCCUCAACAAGAUCGCUGCCAACAGCCCGUCCCGGCAAAACCCUUCAGAGCUCGAGACCUCUUUGGCCAAUGCUCUCAGCGAUUUGGAGACCAAUACCCCCGAUCUGAAGGCUGCUCUCCGUCCGCUGCAGUUUGUGUCUGCUCGCGAGAUCGAAGUUGGUCACGGAAAGAAGGCUAUUGUUAUCUUCGUCCCAGUUCCUCUUCUCCAGGGAUUCCACAAGAUCCAGCAGCGCCUCACCCGGGAACUUGAGAAGAAGUUCUCUGAUCGCCAAGUUAUGAUCAUUGCUUCUCGCCGCAUCCUUCCCCGCCCCAAGCGCUCCAGCCGCUCCCGCACCAAGUUGACCCAGAAGCGCCCACGCUCCCGCACUCUCACCGCUGUCCACGAUGCCAUCCUUACCGAUAUCGUGUACCCAGUCGAGAUUGUUGGCAAGCGUCUCCGAACAAAGGAGGACGGCAGCAAGAUCCUCAAGGUUAUCCUCCACGAGAAGGAGCGUGGUGGUGUUGACCACCGCCUCGACGCAUAUGGUGAAGUCUACCGCAGAUUGACGGGCCGUGGUGUGGGUUUCGAGUUCCCCCAGAGCAGCGCUGUGGAAUACUAGACAGUUCCAUUUUGUGUGAUUUUCCGCUUUGCUGUUCUUUAAUGGAGAGAGGGUUGGACCCGGGCUCCUUAUCUGUGGGGGGGGGGUGAAGAUGACGGAUAGGAAGCCACAAAAAGGUUGGAACGGCAUGCCAAUACAUGGAGCACGGUUCUAGAUAUGGAGAUCUUCUUACCCUUUCUUCUGCCCUUUUCCCCCUUCUCCUACGACCGUUUGUUCUAUGUGUAUUGUCUGCAUACUACUUUAUUGUAUUGAAAUGCAUUGACGAGUCCAACGUACAAUGUCAAGAAAGGGAUUAUUG